AUGUUCACUAGCCAUCUUUGCGAUGCUCUUCGCAGAAGUAAAAUAGAAACAUUCGUCGACGACGGAAUUGAGAAAGGAGAUGAGGUAUGGCCAUCUCUUGAGAAAGCCAUUGAAGAUUCAACUCUGUGCCUUGUGAUCUUCUCAGAAAACUAUGCAUCUUCCACAUGGUGCUUGAAGGAGCUUACUAAAAUAUUGGAGUGCUCCAAAAAUCAAGGUCACCUUGUUGUGCCGGUGUUCUAUAAAGUAGAUCCUUCGCAUGUGAGGAAGCAAUCUGAGAGUUAUCAGAAAGCAUUUGAAGAACUUGAGGGCAAAGGCAUCAGCAAGCGACUACUGCAUCAGUGGAGGAAGGCUCUCGCUGAAGCUGCUGGUAUAUCUGGUUUCCCCAUCACCAAUAGAGUUAACGAAGCAGACAAAAUUAAAGAAAUAGUGGAAAGCGUUAAAGAAAGGUUGCACAAGCGGUAUCCAAGUGAAUAUAAUAGAGAAGACUUGAUUGGAAUUGAAGAGAGAAUGAAACAUGUAGAAUCAUUGUUGGACAAGGGGUCGAAGGAUAUCCGGAUUAUUUGCAUUUGGGGGAUGGGCGGUUUGGGCAAAACAACUCUUGCAGAAGCAUUGUAUAAGAAGUGGCAUUUUGAAUACGAAGGGUCAGUCUUUGUGGAAAAAGUGGGAGAAAAAUCAAAGAAAGAUGGAAUAGAUGCUUUAAGGAAGGAGCUUAUUUGGAGUUUAUUAGGGGAUAAAGCAAUAUAUUCUCAUACAAUGACUAGGCUUAGUCGGAAAAAGGUUUUCAUUGUGCUUGAUGAUGUUGAUGAUAUUGAACAAUUAGAAAAUUUAGUUGGAAGAUGUGAAUUUGGAUCAGGUAGCAAAGUCUUAAUAACAACCAGAGAUAAACAAGUGCUUCGUAAGAAAGUGGAUGACAUAUAUGUGCUUCAUGGUUUGGAUCCUGAUGAAGCUUUUCAACUUUUCUCCUUGAAUGCCUUCAAAAAAGGCUACAGUGAUCCAAAGAUAAGAGGGCUAGCAGAACAAGUGACUGAAUAUGCAGGUGGAAAUCCAUUGGCCCUAAAGGGAAGUAUUGAAGGCAUGAUUAUGGACCUUUCGGAAGUUGAAGAGACGGGCGUUAUUAUUAAAGCAUUUCGUUCAAUGCCCAAUCUAAAGUUUCUUAGGGUUUAUGGAAAUUUAAAUGUUCAGCUUAGGAACAAGUUAAAUGCUUCUGGCAUGAUGUUUUUGUCAAAAAACCUCAUGCUAUUGGAUUGGGUGGGAUGCCCUUUAAAGACCUUGCCGACAACAUUCAAGGGUGAAAAUCUUAUUGAAAUAAACAUGCCCUUCAGCAAAUUGACAAAACUUUGGGAUGGAGAGCAGAAUGUUCAUCCAUCUAUUUUAUCUCUCCAUAGCCUUUCUUGUUUAGAGCUAACAGGUUGCACAACCCUUGCCAGCCUCACAAGCAACACCCAUCUCAAAUCACUGUGUAUGCUCAACUUGACAGGAUGCUCAGGACUAAGUGAAUUUUCGGUGACCUCAGAAAAACAUUUGUUUGUCUUGGUGCUUCGUGACGCAACCAUCAAUGGUGAGUUGUGCUCAUCAAGCGGACAUGUCAGCAAAAUUGAUGUUUUGGACCUAGGAAGAUGCGAAGGUGUGACAAGUCUUCACAAAUUGGUUGACAUGCGCACGCUUCGACGCCUUCAUGCUGAUUAUUGUAAUAAGUUAGCAUCAAAUCUGUGUUCCAAAUUUGAUGAGAUGCGUGCUUUGCAAUUUCUACGGCUUACUAAUUGUAGUGAAUUAUAUGAAGUUCCUGACAACAUCAGCUUGUUGGCGUCAUUAAGUCUGUUAGAUCUCUCAGGGAGUAAUAUAGAGACCUUGCCUUUAAGCAUCAAACAUCUUUCAAGCCUAGAAAGUCUCACCUUAAAUGGAUGCAAAAGGCUUCUGUCUCUACCACAACUCCCUCCCUCUAUCUCACUACUGUACGUCAAUGACUGCCUGUCCCUUGAGACUUUACAUUUACCUUUAAUGAGUGAAGAUAGAGAAGGAGAUCAAUUUUCUCAUGAAAGAUUCAGUUUCAGAAAUUGCAUGAAGUUGGAUGGGCAGUCAAUCAAAGCUGUUGAGGCCAGAGUGCUACUUGCCAUAAAUAACAACAAAGCCAUUUAUUUCUGGGCUAACAUGGAAUAUCCGGGAAGAAGAGUUGCAGAGUGGGUCAUGUAUAGGACUACACAGUCUUUCCUGACUGUGGAUCUCAGUUCGAUUCCACAACCUUGGGAUGGCGCUUUCAUUUUUUGCGCCGUCAUUUCUGGAUCAUCGCGGUGGACAAAUAUUACAGCCGAAUUGUUUAUUGAUGGUCAACAUGCUUCCACGUUUGAGCACUGCUCUGUCGGUGAGUCCCUGUUAUCAGAUCAUGUUGUUCUUUGGUACGCUCAAAGGCAGUGUCGAGAAGUACAAAGGAAAAUUGAAGAAAAGAAAAUAGAAGCCCAAAGCAACACUUCUUAUCAUCCAUUGCUUCAAUUUGAAUUCGCAGCCUUUUCGCUUGAUGAUGAUGAAACAACAGUAGAGAUCAAAGAGUGGGGGCUCUCAAGUUCAAUUCAUCUGCCCACUAUUCAACUUUAUAUAUCACUCUCGCGCCUCGACCUCAAAAUGAUUGAGAAAGAAAAGGAUUUAUGGACAUUGAGGAAGCCACUGAAGGAGCUUGCAAAUAUGAAGAAUAUGAGAAGAACAAGAAACAACAGGCGAUCUGCUAUGGCUUCAUCUUCUUCCUCUGCUCCAUCUCCCAAGAAAUAUGAUGUUUUUAUUAGUUUUAGAGGUGAGGACACCCGCUUGAAUUUCACAAGCCAUCUUUAUCGUGCUCUUUGUGGACAAAAAAUAUAUGCAUACAUCGAUGACAGCCUCGAGAAAGGAGAUGAGUUAUGGCCAUCUCUUGAGAAAGCCAUUGAAGAUUCAACUCUGUUCCUUGUGGUGUUCUCAGAAAACUAUGCAUCUUCCACGUGGUGCUUGAAGGAGCUUGCAAAAAUAUUAGAGUGCUGCAGAAAUCAAAGUCACCUUCUUAUACCUGUGUUCUAUAGAGUAGAUCCUUCAGAUGUGAGGAAGCAACGUGGGAGUUACCACGAAGCAUUUGAAGGACAUGAGCGCAAAAGCAGCAUCAACACGCAACAACUGCGCCAGUGGAGGGAGGCUCUCACUCAUGCUGCCAAUUUAUCCGGUUGGCAUUGUAGCCCCGAUAGGAAUGAAGCAGUGCUAAUUGAAGAAAUAGUGAAUUGUAUCAUGAAAGAGUUGGACCGUAGGUAUCAAAGUGAAGAUCAUCUAAAAGGCUUGAUUGGAAUUCACAAAAGAAUGGCAGUUGUAGAAUCAAUGUUGGACAAAGGUUCAAAAAAUGGUGGUUGCCAAUUCAUUGGAAUUUGGGGGAUGGGCGGUUUGGGCAAAACAACUCUUGUAAGAGCAUUGUAUGACAAGCGGCAUUUUGAAUACGAAGGGUCUUACUUUCUGGAAAAAGUGGGAGAAAAAUUAAAAGAUGGAAUAGAUGCUUUAAGGAAGGAACUUGUUUGUAGUUUAUUGGGGGGUAAAGCAAUAUAUUCUCAUAUCAUGACUAGGCUUCGUCGGACAAAGGUUUUCAUUGUGCUUGAUGAUGUUGAUAAUGCUGAACAAUUAGAAAAUUUAGUUGGAAGAUGUGAAUUUGGAUCAGGUAGCAAAGUCUUAAUAACAAGCAGAGAUAAGCAAGUGCUUCGUACGAAAGUGGAUGAUAAUAAUAUAUAUGCGCUUCAUGGUUUGGAUCCUUAUGAAGCUUUUCAACUUUUCUCCUUGAAUGCCUUCAAAACAAGCUGCAGUGAUCCUAAGAUAAGAGAGCUAGCAGAAGAAGUGACUAAAUAUGCAGGUGGAAAUCCAUUGGCUCUAAAGGUUCUAGGCUCCAUCUUGCGGGCAAAAAUCAAGAAGCAUGGAAAAGCCAAUUGGCAAAGCUUCAAAAAUUGUUUUGUCCAGAAGUCAUUGAUAUCCUCAGAUUGA